GUUAACCUACAGAUGUAAACUUAAAACUGAAAGUACUCGUUUGUUUAUAAUCAAACGGAUUGAUUAUUGAAAGUUAACAAGCCCGAUUCAGUUGUUUAUCUAUAAGCACGAUUUUGAAUAGAAACAAACGAAUGCUUUACGUUAGUAGCAAUUCAUUGGAGAAUUAUUUUAAUAUUGUGACUUGAACACUUCAUACAGAUCAUGAUUGACGUUCUAAUUUUUGAACCUGGGAAUGUCACUGGCAAGUAGACAUUAGGUUUCUUAAUAUGACUUUAGUUAGUUAAUGUGACAACGUUGAGUUAAAAGAAUUUUAUUAUUUUACUUAACUCUGUUAACAAGUGUCUGAAGGUUUUUAAGACAAUAAAUAAUACGCGCGUUUAGUAAAUUACAUUAGAUUCUAUUUCUGUAAAAUAAUUACCGUGUACACCAUGGAUGUAAAAUGGUUACCGCAGCUGACAGUGAGUCAACUAGUGCUUACACUAUUUGCAAUAUAUGCGGUGUAUUUAGUGUGCAUAUUUGCUGCAUACAUAUGGAGAAUUAACAGAAUAUUCAGGGACGUCCCGUGCAAACAGCGACAUUGGCUGUAUGGAAAUAUGCACCUGCUGCCCACGACGUGUAGCGAGGACCGGCUCCUGUUCAGCCUCGGCAUGACAAAUGAGUUCAAGCGCUAUUACGUCUGGUGGGUGACCUUCGCCAAGGCGUCGCUAACCGUCUGCCAUCCGGAAACUGUCCGAGUGGUCAUGAAAUCGUCUCAGCCCAAACCCACGGGAUUCGGUGGCGUCUACAGGUUCGGGCUCCCGUGGCUGGGCGAAGGGCUCCUGAUCGCGAAGGGCGACAAGUGGGCGCGCUCCAGACGCCUGCUGACUCCCGCCUUUCAUUUCGACAUCCUCAAGCAGUACAUCGCCGUGUACAAUGACGCAACGAAUCAGCUGGCGGACAAUAUCGAAAAGUUUGUAGACAGUGGUAAAAAGUUUGACGUGUUCCCUCACGUCAGUAAUCUCACGCUCGACAUCAUCCUGAGAUGUGCUUUCUCAUACCAGACUGACUGCCAACAAGAUACUGGUUCAUCGCGGCAUCCAUACGUACAGGCAGUGGAGGAGCUGGUGAUGGCUUGGGCGGAUCGAAGCCGGACCCCCUGGCUGUACCCAGACUGCGUGUUCUACCUCACACCGAUGGGUCGCAAGUUCAGGCGAAACUGUGACUUCGUACACAAGGUGGCCGUGGAGGUCAUUGACAAGCGGCGAGAGGCGUUGCAAAAGUCUGGAAAAGAGCCAGAGAAGAAGUACCUAGAUUUUCUAGACAUACUUUUGAAAGCUAAAGAUGACAAUAACGUGGGCCUGUCACCGAUGGAAAUACGAAACGAAGUGGACACGUUCCUCUUUGAAGGUCACGACACCACUGCCAGCGCUCUGUCCUGGGCCCUGCACACGCUGGCGAAACAUCCCGAACAUCAACGGAAAUGUCAGGCGGAGAUUGACGACAUUUUGAAAGACAGAGGCUCAGACGAAAUCCUGCAUUCUGACCUUCCGAAGUUAGAGUACCUGACCAUGUGUAUCAAGGAGAGCAUGCGAGACAAUCCGCCGGUGCCGAUCAUCCAGAGGGAAUUCACCAGCGAUUUCACAAUAGACGGCAAAACGUUUCCAGCCGGAACGACCGUUACCCUCCAGUUAUUCGGCCUCCAUCAUAACAAACACGUCUGGCAGGAUCCAAUGGAGUUCAAACCGGAGAGGUUUUCUAAGGAGAACAUUGACAAGAUAGACAGCUUCCAGUUCGUGCCGUUCUCGGCGGGGCCAAGGAAUUGCAUAGGACAAAACUUUGCGAUGAACGAAGAGAAAGUGGUAUUAGCAAAACUUUUGAGAAGAUUUAGAUUCGAACUCGAUCCAAGCAACGUCGUAAAAAGAAAAUUUGGCGCUGUAAUGAGAAGCGAAUAUGGGAUAUACGUGUAUGCACAUAGGCGAUGAACUGUAUGGAAUAUACGUGUAUGCACAUAGGCGAUGAACUGUAUGGAAUAUACCUAUGUGUGUUUGAGUCAAUAAGUAAAACUUUAAAGAUUUUCUAGUAUAUACGCCUGCAUUGGACACAAUAAAAGACUUAUUUUUACACUAUAAUUGUUCACAAUAUUAUAAAUAGACGACUCUUUUAAAAACUCAUUGAAUGCUUUAUGUACGUACUUUAAUUGACUCGAUUGCUUUACGUUGAAUCAGUUUAUGUCAAGUACAUGAUUUCCCCCGUAGAGUAGUUGACAUUCUAAAUGAAAAAGUGCAAUAAUGUUUUAGUAAAACACUGUGAUAAUAGGGGUCCACAUAUCAGACAAUACGAUAAAUGUUAACAAGCUCAUGCUCGUAUUUUAACGUUAUAUUACUCAAAGGCCUUUGCUUGUUUGGGCCUCUAUUUCAUGGCAAUGUCGAUAGCAUCGAAAACCAAGUGCUUAUGGACACCUCCAGUCUGUCUCCUGUCUAGAACCAGUGCAUGGUUUGUUUCUGCCCGUAAUGAUGGAGGGUCGAACUCAGAAUCUCGAGGUCACACCCGCACACCAUGUCUACUGCGACCUACAGUUGAAGCUGUAUCAUUUUUGUAUGACUAGCCUCAAUAGAAAUGUUUGGACAGACAAGCCAACGAGGGUAAAACUUUACUCUUCUUAUAUUGGGGCGUACAAAGCUAACACAUAACCUCUUCAUCUAUAAUAUAAUGUUAUUAAUUAGUUGAAUUCAUAUUGGCUUUGUUAUUGAGCUGAAGACAGCCGUAUGAAUGAUUUAUUAAUCAACUAUAUAAUAUUACUCAGCAAGAAACGCUUGAAUUGCAACAUUUCAUCGACCAAAAGACACAUCAUGUCCUCACCGUCCAUUGUGCUGCUUAAAUUAUUAAAGUCUUUACGAUUUUUCGCUGUUUCGAUAAAUUAUCAUAAGUGUUUACAAUUUUUGCUGUUUUGUGUCGUCUGCUAAAGCCGGAAAUGAUAUUCAGCAUAUAAUAAUUGGUAACUGUGAAAAUUGCUGUAGCCAAUAAAGGUAUGAAACAUCUAAUUGUUGUCGCGAGCCUUUCGGUAAACUGUAAUAUUAAAUUUUUAACGAUUUAAACUUUUGCACCAAAACUAAGCAUACAACUUCAAAAUCGCGUCCAAUAUUGUCGAAAUUUUAUAUCCUCAUAUAAGGCCGAGUUUUUCCUGGUUUCGGAUUGGCUGAAUCUCGUAUUUGCCGACCUUUUCCCGUAUUGGCCGUGUUUUUUCCAUAUUGGCCGCCUUUUUCUCGUAUAAGGCGAGUUUCGAGCUUUAUUGGCGAGGCUCAACUUGUAUGGGGCGAAUAAAUUGAACACAUUCUCGUCUAAUAUUUUAAUUUAUAAUAGUAUAUACAAUUGCUACCUAUAUUUUUUAUCAUAUUACUGUUUGUUAGGUUACAUUUCUGUUAGCGAACAAGCAGGUUUUCGCAUGCUUACGUGAAAGUCCGACCUUUAAAGCAUUCAAUCAAGUGCUUCAAGCAAUCUCAUAGGUCGAAAGUCUUGACGAGCAAGUGAUGUUUCGGAGAUGAGCUAGUGAUGCCAAGCGCUUGUGCUCGUACAAUUAUAUCUGUUACGUCACAAAACAUGCUUUUAUCAACAUGGUUACUUCAAACACAUGUGAUGUUACUGACGUUCUAAAAGUGAAAUAAUGUUGACUGGCAUAGGUUAAAAUGAUCUUAUUUAAUUUGCUUUGUACGGUUAUUAUUGAAAAUAUGUUAUUGAAUUUGUAUAUGCAUAUUUAUUAUAUAAUAUAAUUUGUAAACUGUC